AACUUGCCGAGGACCUCUUGUGGUCGUUUGUUAGCAUGAUGCUUGAAUGUUUUUCGUGUACUGUUAUAAAAACUCAGGUUUAUGAUUUCUUUAAAACAUCCAACUUGAAUUUUUCUGCUUGAACUCAAACCUGCUGACUGCUGUUAAAUGUCUCUUUUCCAUAGAACAAAGAGCCUUUCUCAUGAAAGGUGUUUAUCACUUGGCUGAUGAGAAACUACGAUGUUCUGAUCCCAUGAAGGACAGCAGCUGUGACUCCAAGAGUCCCAGAUUCUUCUACAACAAGAACACUCGGGGCUGUGAACAGGUGACCAGUGGCUGCGGGUCCAACAGGAACACAUUUGAUACCCGAGGGGCCUGUGAGACCUUCUGCAAUGAAAGGCGUGUUUGUUAUCUACCAGUGGCGUAUGGUGAAAACCCAUCUGCUGGCCAUAGUGGUGGUCCUCAGAUCAGAGCCGAGCCUGAUGCGAAGACCAUCAGAGGCAAGCCUGAUGCAAACGCCCCUCACAACUUCUUCUUCCACAAUAUGUCAAGUUUCAGAUGUGAGGGAUUUCACUUCAGAGGCAGUGCGUCUAACGGGAACAUCUUCAGCACUGUGGAGGAGUGUGAAAGUCACUGUGGUGAUGUUAAAGCGCGAUGUUUUGACUUCAUGGAAGACAGAAGCUGUAAGCCCAGAUUCUUCUACAACAAGAACACUCGGGGCUGUGAACAGGUGACCAGAGGCUGCGGGUCCAACAGGAACACAUUUGAUACCCGAGAGGCCUGUGAGACCUUCUGCAAUGAAAGGCGUGUUUGUUAUCGACCAGUGGAGUAUGGUGAAUACCCAUCUGCUGGCCAUAGUGGUGGUCUUUACAUCAGAGGCAAGCCUGAUGCAAACGCCCCUCACAACUUCUUCUUCCACAAUAUGUCAAGUUUCAGAUGUGAGGGAUUUCACUUCAGAGGCAGUGCGUCUAACGGGAACAUCUUCAGCACUGUGGAGGAGUGUGAAAGUCACUGUGGUGAUGUUAAAGCUCGAUGUUUUGACUUCAUGGAAGACAGAAGCUGUAAACCCAGAUUCUUCUACAACAGUACCAGUUACAGGUGUGAACAGCUGUCCAGUGGUGGUUGUGGGUCAAAGAAGAAUGCAUUCGAUACCCGUGAUGGCUGUGAGGCACUCUGCAAUGAGAAGUACCGUUGUUAUCAACCUGUGGAGCAUGGCCACGGGCCAUUUCGCCUCAACCAUUACUCAAUUCCGCUUUCCAACUUCUUCUUCUACAACGUGUUGACUUUGAAGUGUGAAGGAUUUCAAUCCAGAGGCAUGGGGUCUAAUGGGAACAUCUUCAGGACUGUGGAGGAGUGUGAAAGACUCUGUGGUGAUGUUAAAGGUAAGGCUCUACCUCCCGUGCCUUACCAGACCACACGUCACUGUUCAGACCCUGUUCCUGCCCAGAACUAAGGUACAGGCUAACUAAAGGAUAAGUCUGGUGAUCUUCUGUCAUUUUCUUCUCAUAAAGAAAGAGACGCAGUCAUUUACUAAAACAGCAGGUUACUGUAGUUAUUAUUAAACAGACUUUAAGAAUUUGUGCAUUUGCUGGGGACUAUUUUCAUGCUGAUAUUUUUGAAAUUAUUUUGUGAUUAUUAUUUGACAUCAUGUGAUUUUGUAUUUUGGGUAAAACUCAAGGAUUUUUCUUACUUUUUGGGGAUUUUUGUCCUCUGGGUGUAGUUUGUUUUUGUAAUUUAUAAAAUAACAUAUUUACGCAUUUGAUUUACUGAAUUAUUCUCCAGGUUUGGAAUUAAUCAUAUAUUUGUGUCACUGAUCAUUUAUUGAAUUUUGAAACUUCCUGAUUCAAAUAAAAUGUAACCAAGAACUGGACAUAUUAAAAUCU